AUGCAAUCUCUCACUUCCGUCAUGUCCACCAUCAAGAAAGCCACCAAGACCAUUAUCGUCAAGUCCCACACCAUUAGCAACCGAACGUCCGACGAACGCAAGGGACGCGCGAAUAGGAAGCCUAGUAGUCUGGAUGGCCUCGAAGGUCUGGGCAGCGAUGCCAUAUCAAGUUCCCUGCGAGGUCUCCCCAGCACGUAUCGUCCCCAGCUAUCCCCCCUCGACGUGUCUGAGUUCGGGCAAGUUACGUCUUUGAGCUAUGGAGAGCAAGAUGUGUCGGACGCCUAUUCAGAAUGGAACCAGCCUGUCCAUCCUUCUCCGAUAACCCUUUGGAGGAACGACGUGGAAAUGGCAGUUCCUGACGAUGUAGUAGAGGAGGUGCCCCUCUCUCCGGCCAGACAUAUCAUCAGCCUUCCCUUCCCUUCCUCCCCUUCCGUGACGUCCUUUGCCUCGAUGAGAGCGCAGUACCACGCUAGCCCUCAGCCAAGUAUUGGCUUGCCGGAUGACGGAGAGUACACGUCCUAUGAAGCAGACACAUCUUUUUUGUCUGCGAACUUGCCCCAAAAUAGGCGCAACAAACUUGCCGUCGAAAUUCCCCGCCCCGUAUCAUUCAUUCGCUUUCCUUGCACCUAUUCCCAAGAUAGCACGCCCAAUCUCUCUGCCAUCCCCGCAGGCCAUCCUUCCCCAGCAACGGAAAUCAUCUCCUCGACUUCUUCCGCCUCCUCUUACUCUUGCUGCUCCGAAUCCGUCUCCCCCGCGUCCUCCUCCUCCUCCUCCUCCUCCUCCUCCUCUUCACCACCACCACCUAAAUUCGAUCAAGUAGUUUAUGACAGCAUGGUUGCGACGAUCAGGAACUUCGCCUCCCGUGCCCGCAACAACGACCCCGGCCUAUGGGAGGAGGCAGUAAUCAUAGCAAAUCGCGUCAAAAGGGUGAAAUUCGAAGACAAGGACGCGUACGAAAGGUCUUUGGCCCAUUUGGUGCUAGAAUUAAAGGGCGCGGAGGCUAUCGACAUCGAGACGUUCAUCUCUGGUGUCUAA